AUGCAGCACUUGCCACGCAACGUGCUCGACGCGCCGGCGCAAGGGCCCGACUGGGGCGCCGCGCUGGGCAACGCAGAGAACGCCAAGCUGGCUGUGGCUGCGCUGCGCGACAUGCUGGGCGAUGCGGUGUUCCUGGACGAGGAGGCGUUCGCAGGGGCGGCCACCAUGCAGCUCUACCAGCAGCGGUUGCAGGCGCAAGUGCGCCGCAUGCGUGAGCUGGAGGCCGUGGCCGAGGCGCUGCGCGCGGAGGUGUCCAUGAAGGACGAGGCCCUGGCAGCUGCGCGGGACAGCGUGGAGGCGGCCAACACGCGCGUGCGGGAUAUGCAGGGGGAGCUGGACGCCAACGCGGCGGUGUUUGAGCUGCACUAUCGCGAGAUCAUGCUCAAGAAUGAGGAGAUAGAGCGCCUCAAAGCCGUCAUAGAGGGCCUGGGAGGAGGAGGGGGGGACGUGGGGGCGGGCCGCAGCGUCGUGUUUGGCAGCAGCGGCGGCGGCGGUGGGCCCGGGCCCUCGUGGUUGUGA